CCGCCGCAGCGGGCGCCACUGCCGCCGCCGCCGCCGCCGCCGCCGCCGCCGCCCGAACCCGCGCCGAGCGUGCGCCUCGCCCUCCUCCCGCGCCCGCUCUGCUCUAGGAUGCUGCGGCAGGUUCUGCACAGGGGCUUGAGGACGUGUUUCUCCCGGCUCGGCCACUUCAUUGCCAGUCACCCUGUCUUCUUCGCCUCGGCGCCGGUGCUCAUCUCCAUCCUGCUCGGCGCCAGCUUCAGCCGCUACCAGGUCGAGGAGAGCGUGGAGCACCUGCUGGCGCCCCAGCACAGCCUGGCCAAGAUCGAGCGCAACCUCGUUAACAGCCUCUUCCCGGUCAACCGCUCCAAGCACCGUCUCUACUCGGACCUGCAGACCCCCGGGCGCUACGGCCGGGUCAUCGUCACCUCCUUCCAGAAAGCCAACAUGCUGGACCAGCAUCACACCGACCUGAUCUUAAAGUUGCAUGCUGCUGUCACCAAGAUCCAGGUUCCAAGGCCUGGUUUUAAUUACACGUUUGCCCAUAUAUGUAUCCUGAAUAAUGAUAAGACUUGCAUCGUGGAUGACAUAGUGCACGUCCUGGAAGAGCUAAAGAAUGCUCGGGCCACCAAUCGGACCAAUUUUGCUAUCACAUACCCAAUCACUCACUUAAAGGACGGGAGGGCUGUGUACAAUGGGCACCAGCUUGGGGGCGUCACUGUGCACAGCAAAGACCGGGUGAAAUCUGCAGAGGCCAUCCAGCUCACCUACUACCUGCAGUCAAUCAACAGUCUCAAUGAUAUGGUGGCUGAGAGGUGGGAGUCCAGCUUCUGCGAUACUGUCAGACUGUUUCAGAAAUCCAACAGCAAAGUCAAAAUGUACCCUUACACGUCCUCCUCACUGAGGGAAGAUUUCCAGAAGACCAGCCGCGUAUCAGAACGUUACCUGGUCACCAGCCUGAUUCUGGUGGUUACCAUGGCCAUCCUGUGCUGCUCUAUGCAGGACUGCGUCCGCAGCAAACCCUGGCUAGGCCUGCUCGGAUUGGUGACCAUAAGCCUGGCCACUCUCACUGCAGCCGGGAUCAUCAAUCUUACUGGUGGGAAAUAUAAUUCCACCUUCCUGGGAGUCCCUUUCGUCAUGCUAGGUCAUGGAUUAUAUGGGACUUUUGAAAUGUUAUCCUCCUGGAGGAAAACUAGAGAAGACCAACAUGUUAAAGAGAGAACUGCAGCAGUCUAUGCAGACUCCAUGCUCUCCUUUUCUCUCACCACUGCCAUGUACCUGGUCACCUUUGGCAUAGGGGCCAGCCCUUUCACGAACAUUGAGGCAGCCAGGAUUUUCUGCUGCAAUUCCUGUAUUGCGAUCUUCUUCAACUACCUCUAUGUACUCUCGUUUUAUGGUUCCAGCCUAGUGUUCACUGGCUACAUAGAAAACAAUUACCAGCAUAGUAUCUUCUGUAGAAAAGUCCCAAAGCCUGAGGCAUUGCAGGAGAAGCCAGCAUGGUACAGGUUUCUCCUGACGGCCAGAUUCAGUGAGGACACAGCUGAAGGCGAGGAAGCGAACACUUACGAGAGUCACCUAUUGGUAUGUUUCCUCAAACGCUAUUACUGUGACUGGAUAACCAACACCUAUGUCAAGCCUUUUGUAGUUCUCUUUUACCUUAUUUAUAUUUCCUUUGCCUUAAUGGGCUAUCUGCAGGUCAGUGAAGGGUCAGACCUUAGUAACAUUGUAGCAACCGCGACACAAACCAUUGAGUACACUACUGCCCAGCAAAAGUACUUCAGCAACUACAGUCCUGUGAUUGGGUUUUACAUAUAUGAGUCUAUAGAAUACUGGAACACUAGUGUCCAAGAAGAUGUUCUAGAAUACACCAAGGGGUUUGUACGGAUAUCCUGGUUUGAGAGCUAUUUAAAUUACCUUCGGAAACUCAAUGUAUCCACUGGCUUGCCUAAGAAAAAUUUCACAGACAUGUUGAGGAAUUCCUUUCUGAAAGCCCCUCAAUUUUCACAUUUUCAAGAGGACAUCAUCUUCUCUAAAAAAUACAAUGAUGAGGUCGAUGUAGUGGCCUCCAGAAUGUUUUUGGUGGCCAAGACCAUGGAAACAAACAGAGAAGAACUCUAUGAUCUCUUGGAAACCCUGAGGAGACUUUCUGUCACCUCCAAGGUGAAGUUCAUCGUCUUCAAUCCGUCCUUUGUGUACAUGGAUCGAUAUGCCUCCUCUCUGGGAGCCCCCCUGCACAACUCCUGCAUCAGUGCUUUGUUCCUGCUCUUCUUCUCGGCAUUCCUGGUGGCAGAUUCACUGAUUAACGUCUGGAUCACUCUCACAGUUGUGUCCGUGGAGUUUGGAGUGAUAGGUUUCAUGACAUUAUGGAAAGUAGAACUGGACUGCAUUUCUGUGCUAUGCUUAAUUUAUGGAAUUAAUUACACAAUUGACAAUUGUGCUCCAAUGUUAUCCACAUUUGUUCUGGGCAAGGAUUUCACAAGAACUAAAUGGGUAAAAAAUGCCCUGGAAGUGCAUGGGGUAGCUAUUUUACAGAGUUACCUCUGCUAUAUUGUUGGUCUGAUUCCUCUUGCAGCUGUGCCUUCAAAUCUGACCUGUACACUGUUCAGGUGCUUGUUUUUAAUAGCAUUUGUCACCUUCUUUCACUGCUUUGCCAUUUUACCUGUGAUACUGACUUUCCUGCCACCCUCUAAGAAAAAAAGGAAAGAGAAGAAAAAUCCUGAGAACCGGGAGGAAAUUGAGUGUGUAGAAAUGGUAGAUAUCGAUAGUACCCGUGUGGUUGACCAAAUUACAACAGUGUGAUAAUGUCUGCUUGGCAUAUUUUCACCUUAGGUCUUAUCAAGACCAAAGAGAUUAUGUUAAUGAAACAAUUAAAUUCAAAGUUGUUCCCUUUUUUAAAGAUAGGAAACAGGCAUUGCCAAAAAAAAAAAAAAAAGGGAAGGACAGUGGGGAGAAAUGGGCAUGGCAUAUUUUCAGUCUUUAAAACAACAGAGUUGUUAUGAGAAUUCACACACACAUAGACACACACACAAACACACACACACAUACACACACACACCCUGGGAGACCUAUAGUCUCUUAAACUAAGAUCAAGUAGAAGAAAGCUUAUUAACAAGCAGGAUCCUGCCUUAUCCAAACUGCAGAUGUUGCUGGCAUUGUGACAAAACCCACUGAUUGAAAGGUCAACUGCCAAGGCAGAAACAGCUUUAAGCAUUGUUCAAACAAUAAGGCUUCCAGAACUUCUGUAGAGCAGUAGCUCCAGUCAUGGUCUGUGGUUUGAGGUGUUAGCUGUCUCACCUAGCUCCCUAACACUGAAGGAGAUACUUGUGAAAGUUCUGACCAGCAAAAGCAAGCCAGAGCCUUGGAAACUGAUAUGUGGUAGAGUGGCCAUCACUCAUGGACUAAACUUGAUUCACCGCUAAAUUCACCCAGGUGAAGCAGUUUCGUUGUCUAGAAUGAAAUUAUCAUAUUCCGCCAUUGGUAUGCUUUUAACAUUUGUAUAGUUUGGUUUGCUUAAAACACCUUAAAACCAAUGGCAGCUCCAGCACUGCAGAAUUGGUGUGAUUCUACUUUGGAAUAGCUUGUCACUUGUCACCAAAUGGGUCUGCUUUAUUAGUUACAGCUCUUGGCAGGAGGAUCCAGGGACCCAAAACCACAGGGCCAAACCCAAAUACCUGGCAUGAUGGAGCAAAAGCAGGUGUCUACUUGGACCCAGAUAUAGUGUCUCCAUUUUAACAACAACAACAAAAUAGCCAGCUGGUACAGCUGUUUGCGUUGGCCCUACAUGCAUUUUUUGCACGGAUACCCAGAAACAUCGGCCCACACAAAACUGCGGGAAAAAAAAUGAACACUGAAAUAGUUAUUUGCUGUUGCUUCCAACUUGUAGUGCCAGUCUGCCUUUGCUGUGAAACACACCUGCUCAGAGACAGAGAGGGGAAGAAGAUCUUUGGUAAGUCUGAGUCCUGACACUGAGAAGCUUUGUAAAAGUGCAGGGAGAUAAAGGGCCAAAAGGGAGAUAGAUGGAAAAGACUGGGAAAAGUAUUCACUAAUACAAAUCUAUCAAUGAUGGCAGUCCAAUUCUCUUGCUAAAGUGGCUGCACCUCACCUUGCUGGUCCCCCCCCCCCACAUCUUUUUUGAUGUCCUUCUACGUCAUCAUAGCAAGGCCCUUCUGUAAAUUAACAAGCCUAGAUAUUUAUACUCUUGACUUCCAGUAUCUACAGAAGAAUGGUUCAUAGAUCUAAACAGAAAUGGUUUAGAUCUAAAAAGGCUGUAUAUGUUUCCCAGGCCCCUGCAUUUCUUUAAAUUUAUAAAAAUGAAGCUAAAACCUGGUUACAUUUGAAGCAAAUAUCUACAGUAUUUUCCCCUUUUAGAGAUGUAGCUUCCUUAGACAUCUGUAGUGGUAAGCAUUUCCCAAAAGCAUCUUACCUUUCUGAACCUUAGCAGACAUACUGUGCAGCUUACCUAUCUUCUGCAGAGGAGGAAACUGACACCUAGGAGAAUAAAGUGACUCACUCAGGUCACACCACUAAAGGAUUUUCAUCAUUUCAGCAUACCUAAGACAGGGCAGGCCAAUUUUCAGUAUUCUCAUAAGAUGGCUAUUACUCCUCUCAAAAUGCAUUUCCAAAGUAGGAACAUAGGACUUUGUUGGCCACAGGGCAGACAUUUUUUUAGUGUCUGGAAUUAAAAUGUUUGAGGUUUAGGUUUGCCAUUGUCUUUCCAAAAGGCCAAAUAAUUCAGAUGUAACCACACCAAGCGCAAACCUGUGCUUUCUGUUUCACGUACUGUUGUCCAUACAGUUCUAAAUACAUGUGCAGGGGAUUGUAGCUAAUGCAUUACACAGUCGUUCAGUCUUCUCUGCAGACACACUAAGUGAUAAUACCAACGUGUUAUACACUCAACUAGAAGAUAAUAAGCUUUAAUCUGAGGACAAGUACAGUCCUGACAAAAGGGCAAGUUUGCAUAAUAGAUCUUCGAUCAAUUCUCUCUCCAAGGGGCCCGCAACUAGGCUAUUAUUCAUAAAACACAACUGAAGAGGGGAUUGGUUUUACUGUUAAAUCAUGUGUUGCUAAAUCGUUUUCUGAACAGUGUGUUCUAAAUCAGUCAUUGAUUUAGUGUCAGCCACGUGGAGCACCUCGGCUUAAAGCAACUCCACAAAACCUGACACAACACACACACCAAUUAAAUGGAUUUUGUUGAGAAUUUAAUCAUUCAAUUUGGUCAACCAGAAUGACUUCCUGUGGAACUUUGUUUUAUGACAGAUAAUAGUUUUCCAACUUGAUUGAGUCUCUGUAUACCCUGGGAUAUUGUAUUUUUUAAUGAAGGGCAUUUUCAAACUUGUCAACUUCUCUUUUCAGCACUUGAAAUGAAGGCUUAUGGAAUUCUGACUGUGAAAUGAAAUUUUCUAUUGGGAGAUUAUGCAUGCCAAGAUUUAUUAUUUAUUGUUAGAUAAUUAUUAUUUAUUUGUUAAUACUGAUUAUUGAUUAUUGCUCUGCUGCAUUGGUUUAGCCCCGCUAUGGAGAAGACACUUUAGAAGUAACUCAGAAUCACAUCCCCGUAAAAUCUAAGUCUUUACUUCGUCAAGUUUUACUUUUUGAAUUGCUAUAAAGAGGGAAAAAUUGAUCCCUGCAAACACUUGAAGAAGCUGUGUUUUUUUUCUUUCAAUUAAUUCCAACCAAGACAUUAACGUCCACUUUACCAAAGAAACUUACUUGGUUGGUUUUUAGUUGGUGUUUGUUGUUUGUUUACCAAAGAAAAUAUUCGAUUCAUCAAAAAUAUUGCUCCUCGUCAACUAAAAAACUGUGAUACUGGGACUUUUUUGGCCAUUCAUAAGGAAAAUUUUUAAAAGUCAGGGUAAGGGUGAUAUUCUCUCAUUUAGUGGAAGAAGAAGAUGUCAAUUCACAAGGAAUGUGGAGUUUGGAAGAAAGAAAAUGAUACUUGAAAUAGGGCAUUAUUGUUUAGCCUACAGCAACAUUUCAACAAGCAGCAUCAGGGCUCCUCAGGUUAAAAGAAGUACAGUUUGUUCCAGAGAAAAAGGAAGACAAACCCUCAUGAAAUGUUUCUCCAUUGUUCCAGCUCAUAAGUUUUACUUUGUUUUGGGUUUUGGAGUUUUUAGUUUCUUUGAUGUUUGUUUUGCUUUAAUUUGGUUUGUGGUUUGUGUUUGCUUGUGUUUGCUUCUGCCUUUCCUACCUUCUGCCUUUUACUCCCUCAGUUUUCAGUCAGAAGUGUGAUAAUCAGAUGCCAUCCUCCAUGGCCACGCUUAUGUAUGCAAUAUACCGCUCCAAAUGAGGCCCUUGGUAACCCUUAUGACCCUUUCAUUCUAACUAACCAUCACCCAAUCGUAAGUGGCAUUAUGGGACCAUGACACCACAUUUCUCCAGUGUCAAUGACAGAGCUCAGCUGUGUCCAUCACAAGAAAAGGUGGAAUGGGCAGCUGUCUUGGGGGUGUGGCAAGAGGCAGAACCUCUUGGACACAAAUGUUAUCUUCCUCAUAAUGGCUUUAUUCUUUUGGAUCCUAUUAAAGUACCCCUGUAGCUUAUAGUAGUGUUUGACCUCUGUGACUCUGUUUUCUCAUCUGUAAAAUGGGGAUAAUAUCAGUAAAUGUCUUUAAAUUCAGCAAAUACUUAUCGAGUGCCAAAUAUUGCCCAGAUACUGUUCGAGAGGCUGGGGACACAACAGUCAACAAAUCAGAUUUUUUUAAAUCUGCUCUUGUAGAGUCUACCUUUGAGUGACAUUGCAGGUAUAUUGUGGGGAUUGAAUGAGAUGAGAGAUGACAUUUGGAAAGCACUCUUGGAAAGGCCUGGCAAAGAAAAGAGACUCAAGACAUUAUUUGUAAUUCAUCAAUCUCGCACAGUGGCAUUAGGGCUCGGGAUGUAAAGCUACUGAGAAGUAGAUUUGAGCCUGAGAUUAGGGCUACAAAUACAAUGAGUUGCCACAGAAGGUAGUUAAUUACAAGUCAUUUUAGGACAUCAAAAUGAAGCUGAUCACCACAUAGUGGGGCUAUUGUAAAGGGGCUGCAAGUCCUGGAUGUUGGCGUCGUACUAUGAUCUUUGAAAAAAACGGAUACAGGCACUUGCUUUUGGGGAUGGGGAAGGGACACCACUGAUUACUGAAUAACUGUGGAUGGCUUGUCUGAGGGAAUGUAAACAUUCCCUUUAGGUAAUUUGCUUUUAAUUUUGUGUAAAAAGCACCAGGUAUUUACAGACAUAAAGUUCCUGGUUUUUAAAAGAAUAGUAAAGCUGCAAUACAAAGAAAAAUAUUAAGUUAGUGGAUUUGCUGGCAAAGAACUAAGAAUGGCUGCAGCCAACACAUUGCAGAGUUCCUCCCUGUGGUGGUUACAACUGUUAUUUCUGUUUCAUGCCAGUCCAGGAGAAAGCAAAGAGGAAAGUGGAUGAGCUACAAUCCGUUCACCUGAAUAGGCAGUGCCAGGAUGUCCCCCCCAGCUUGCCUCUCACCUGCCCCGCUGCUGCCCAGGUGAUUUGUUUGAAGUCCUCUUUGAUAUCUAUGAGAGCACCGUGGAAGGAAGAGGAAGGGAGGCGACCGGAGAGCUAUGGCCUCUGUGCAGAUUUUUGAGUUAGAUUAAAAUUAGUACCACCUGAUUAGGAGCCUACCUGGUGAGGAAAGAAGCCUUCUUUUCAAAGUACAAAAAAAGCGAUGUGUACCAAGGAGAAAACCAGCAGAGAAACCUUGGUGGAAGAAGUGAUGUUCCUGUGGAAUGUGCCAGCAGCUUCUCCUUCCAGAAUGCUGACACCAGAUGAAUCUUUGGUUAGAAUUAAGCCUACCCCUUUGUUUUUCACAUGAGAAAACUGAACCCUGGAGUAAUGAAAUUAUAUUCACAGAGCUAAUUAGAAACAGAUAGGAGACUAUAAUUGAAAUCUAGUUUUUAGCCUCAAUUCUUUCUCCAUUUUGCCACUUUACUGCCAAAUUCUAUUCAUCUAAAUUAUUGGGGUCUUAACCUGGGGGCCAAAUGAGUUCAUGGGAGGGGGCUCUGAGUUUCCUACAAUUAAGUUACAUGCAAAAAUGUGUGUAUAUGUUCAACAUGUGCAUUUUCCUAAACUGAGGGCUCAGAUUCCAAAAGAGGUCUAUGACCGAAAAAGGGUGAAGAACCACUGUCCUAGAUUAAUACAGACCUCAUUGGGAGUGUGAUCCUGGUGUCCUCAUUUUGGCUAAUGAGCAAUCAAGAACUUUUGAACUAUCUUUUCUCUAAGGAUCCAAAAAUGCUUCAAAAUAUUGGUUUCUUCAUCCCAAGCCAAGUGCCUACUUCUAUUCAUUUAUUCUUCAUUCAUUCUUUCAUUCAUUCAUUUCUUUAUUCUGCAAAUGUAUUUUCAGUGCCAAUUCAUCUUCUAGCAGCAGCUAAAUAUGCCCUCCACAGCAGGACCAGGAAAGGAGCCCUCUGUACUGUGCUCUUGUUGGCAAGAGGAACACCAGGUUGCUACCACAUUCUCACUGUUGCAACAAAUUAUAUAUAGCCUCAAAUUUUCAGUAACCAUCCCACACACACAUACACACAUAAAGGCAGCAGCCAACAAAGCCAACAUAUAGAAGUGUGCCCUGUCAAAGAACCAGGGAAGAGCAGCCUAUUUCCAGGUUAUAUAUAGUGAUAUGCUGUUUGCAACUGCAUACCACAUCCUUAGAAGGCCUGCUCCCAAAUGAGCCCUACUCUGAGAUGUCUACACCAGGCAUGCUUUCACACACGUGCAGUACCCUACUCUCAAACUGGAGAGAAUAAGUCUCAUUCAUCUAGUUAAUAUUUUUAGUGGGCAAAGAAGCAACCGUGGCCAUGGACAGAUGGGUGCAUUUAAGGACAGGUGUGGCCGGGCACAGUGGCUCAAGCCUGUAAUCCCAGCACUUUGGGAGGCGGAGGCGGGCAGAUCACAAGGUUAAGAGAUUGAGACCAUCCUGGCCAGCAUGGUGAAACCCCACCUCUACUAAAAAAUACAAAAAAAUUAGCUGGGCAUGGUGGCACGUGCCUGUAGCCCCAGCUACUCAGGAGGCAGGAGAAUCCCUUGAACCCGGGAGGUAGAAGUUGCAGUGAGCCGAGAUUUCACCACUGCCCUCCAGCCUGGCAACAGAGUGAGACUUCGUCUCAAAAAAAAAAAAAAAGGACAAGUGUGUUUUAUACACAAAUAUGCAGAAGCCCAGUUCUCUUGACUCCAAGUCAGAAGCUAGAUAAAAUAGAGGUGGCUGGAGGAAGUUGGAAAAUAAAUGACUAUACUGUACUUGUUGGCUCUGCUGCUGCUGAUAUAACUUCAGUCACAACGGAAGCCACCUGGGUUGGCCUAUGGGAAGGGCUGGGUGAAUCACUGCUUGGCCUUGCAUGAAGCACAAAGGACACACCAAUGGCUGAUCAGUGGCCCCUCCAUCAUCUUCUGCCCAGCCAUGAUAAGGAAAGCUUUCUGUGGAGAUGGAGGAAUAUUAGCUUAACUUUGUAGCAUCUGAUGUAAAGUUUGAGGGUUUUUUGUUGUUGUUGUCGUUUUUUUUUUGAGAUGGAGUCUCACUCUGUCACCCAGGCUGGAGUGCAGUGGCGCCAUCUCAGCUCACUGCAAGCUCCACUUCCCAGGUUCACGCCAUUUUCCUGCCUCAGCCUCCUGAGUAGCUGGGACUAUAGGUGCCCACCACCGCGCCCGGCUAAUUUGUGUGUGUGUGUGUGUGUGUGUUUUUAGUAGAGACGGGGUUUCACCGUGUUACCCAUGGUAGUCUCGAUCUCCUGGCCUCGUGAUCCGCCCUCCUCAGCCUCCCAAAGUGCUGGGAUUACAGGCGUGAGCCACCGCGCCCGGCAAGGACUUUGUUCAUCAGGAUCAACAAAGUGCUUUGUCUAAUUCCUGCAAAAUGGCACAGACCCAGCCCAUUUCCAUGACUCAUUCCAGGCCCAUGCUCAGGAAAACUGAUAACGUUCUCUUUGACAAAACAAUUUCCUUAAUUUUCUAGGAUGAAUCUUGAACGUGUUUAGCUCAGCCUUUCAGAUAUUUAUUCUUUAAAUUACCAUCCUGUCAAAAUUGCCUUUACCCACUGAUCCAGAAUCACCAAGGCAGUUGCCAUGAUGCCUCCCAGGACUGUGGGUGACUGGGCAAACUGGUAAUGACCCGUUGGCUCUGCUUCACACACACACAUACACAUUGACACACAUAAAUGUACACAUGCAUAUAUGUGUGUACAACACAACUAUAAAACAUAGAAACAUAUACCUGUACAUAUGCACAUGCUUACAUACACACAUAUUACAGAUAUGCAUGCACACAUACACAUGCACACCACCUUUUACAAUAUGCCUGACACAUUUGAGGCACAUUAAAAUGCCUUGGCAGGCCCAGCCCUAUAGUUCUGUAAGGUUUGGCAGGCCAAAGGCUUCGGAUGUCUGCAGGAUACCACUGAAAAAAUGUUAUCUUCCCCUUUUAUAUGUUUCUUAUGCACGAGCACAGCUAAGAGCAGCCAAAUAGUACGCUUUAAAGAAAAGAAACCUGGAAAAGUGAAUGUGCCUUGCAAUUUAAAAAUUGCUAACAGUUUCACAGUGGGAAAAUUGCAUUUGUUGGAAUUUUCCAAGUCAUAAGCAAGAAGAAUAGCAUAGACACAAAACCACAGAGAUCUCUUCCAAGGUAUGGAAUUGUGGAAAUUUAUUUAGAAUAUUUGCUUGGUGAUCCAGAGAAGGGGGAAAGAAGUGGUGAGGAAGAAUAUAUGGGCUGAUCCCUCCAAAUUGCCAACUCCUCGUCUUAGGAAGAAGUGGGCAGUUUCCAUUGAUCCCUAGCAUCAGUUUGAUGGGAAAACCGGUGCAUUUCAUCAACCUCAAGGAAAGGAAGUGCCGUGCAUGGAGGCCUGGUGAUAGGCAACAUCCAUUUAGAAGAACAGUCACACAAGCAACAGAAGAACUAUCCAAGACUAGAAGCUUAGAAGCUUAUACCAAACUCUCUGUCUCUCUCUCUCUCACACACAAACACACACACAGUAGUUGGGAGUGGACGUUAAGAGGAACCCUAGUGCAGUUCCCCCAAAAAACCUUGGCAUAGAGUAUAACAGGGAAAAAGUAAUUACUGGGAAGCUGAAAACAAUCAAAUAUGUGAGGAAUGACGGAAUAUGAGCUGAGGAUAAUGUAAAUUGUUCUGGAUUGUCUAUAAGAUAAAGAUACAGAGCCUGAAUCUAUGUUUUUCGGAAUAAAGGGACCCCAUAUUUUCUUUUGAAUUAUUGACCUGUAAUUCCUCUUCAGCAGCUUUAAAUACACUCAAGUUCUCUUCCUAUUGUUUAUAAUCCCAUAAUACAACCACCCCACUAUUUGUUGUGGUUUACAAUCCAGCUUAGAACCCUUGAGCAAAAUUAUUGAAUUAUUGAAUGCUAGGCCCAAACAAAAGAAAUUUCAGCUUGGUUUUAGUAAUUUCUUGAUCAAACUUCUCUCAUUCCUCUAAAUGUGCAAAGGUUUCAAAGUUGUAAAAAGUAUGUCUACAUAGCCAAUGCUCUUAGUAUUUCUGACAACAAAGAUAACCUCUGCCAAUAAUUAUUAAUGACAAAAUAGUGAUAACUGUUCAAUGUUCCUUUAACAGUCCAAUUGUAGUAGGUGAGAAAACAAAAAAGAAGAGAAGCUAUGUUGAAUAUUUAGUAAUGUUGGAAAAGAUCCUCACCCUAGACAUAAAAUAGUUUAAACAUUUAAACAUGGCCCCUCUCUUAUUGUCAUUGCUAGUGAAAGAAGUUCCUGAAAUUGCAUAUUACAUUGUAAAGUUUUGGGCUAAAUCACAAUACAUUUUUAAGUUGCUUCCAUGGCAAUAGAUCAUAAGACCACAGCUUGUCAAUCAAAAUAACCACUAAUUCAGUAUUCAGAAACCUUAUCAUCUGUUCCUCCAAAAAGACCCCAUAGUUAUGUUGUGUUUCCCAGUAUUUUAGUUGGGUUUCUUCACACUUAGGCAAGUGGGUGAUUCUGGUCAUAAUAAACUAUUUUCAAACUAGGAAAAAGUAUCCAAAUGCUAGAGCACAUAAAAGAGUUCAGCUUGGUCAGUUUUGAGACAGAUAAGCAUAAAACCCUACUAGAAAAAAAUAAUAGUCAAACCUAAAGCUUUACGAAGUGUGAGUCACAUCACUUUUCUCCAGGAAAGGCAGAAAGUGCUCAGGGUGAAAUUUAAUCAAAAAUGUACCCAGAACAAUUUCCCACAAAGAGCUGUAAUACUUUGCAGCAAGGGGCAUUAAUAAACUCUUAAUUUUUACCUAAAGUCAAGAGACACACAGAUCUUUUUUGGUACCCUCUACAUCAUCAUAGCAAGGCCCUUCUGAACAUUAACAAGCCUAGAUGUUUCUACUGCUUAUUUGCAGUAUCUACAGGGGAAUGGUUCGUGGAUAUAAACAGAAAUGUUUUAUCUGAAGAGGCUGUGUAUGCCACCCCAGACCCCUGCAUUUCUUAAUAUCUAUAAAAAUAUGACUAAACUUGUUACAUUUGAGGCAAAUGUGUACAGUAUUUUUCCCUUUUAAAGAUAGUUUAAAAAAUCAAGGUAAUAAAAAACGGCCAACUCUUUCAGGAAAAAAAAAA